AAAAAAUGGCUAUAGCAAAAAAUUUGCAUGGGCCAGAAAGAAAUGCUGGCAGGGAGAAUAACAUGCAGUUUUCAAAAAUUAUGACUGCUGUAUUUGCAUCAAAAUUGAUUUUCAGAAAAUGCUUAAAAACUGUCAGUCCAGCCUGCGUUAACUAUCUGCAUGUGUCAGUUAAAAAAGUUGGCACGCAUGAUUAUGAUGCUAUUGAUUACGCUGUUCCAGCUAACAGUAUGCAAGAUUUUAUUAGAAGUCCAAGUAUUUUAAAUGAAAUUCGAAAGAACACAGGAGCAGUAGUGAGACCCAAAGAUCUAGAUGAAAGUAAUUUAUUAAUUGUAGGCAGUGCAGUGCAAGUUAAAAUAGCCACACAACAAAUCAAGGCACUCAUUGAUGGGACAAAUCCUCCGAAAUCUGAAGACAUGUUUAGCGAACAGAAUAAAAAAUUAAUUUGGCACGGUUACAAACGUAAUUUCAAAGGUCAAUACCCACCUGCUAAGCCUCGUAAGAAAUGCAUUAGAUGUGGUGGUAAAAUGAUAUCUGGAAAUCCCUGCCCUCUAUGUCAGUUAAAACUUAAAUCCAACUAUGACAUACACUAUACUGAUGUUGAAAUAUUAAAUCAUUUUAUUUGUCCACAUACAUGGAAUAUACUUGAUCCAUUUAUUACAGGCGUUUGCAAAAGGCAACAAACUAUUGUGGAAGCUGCAAUAGCAAAAGCUCGUUUGUACGGUUUACUUCCAUUUACAUUGCCACUUCCAAGUGACGAGCCUACCAAACAUAAACCUGCUGGCGUCCCAACUGAUCGAAAAAUUAAAGUUAAAAUGCACUAACUGUAUUUUACUGGCUUGUUUAAAAGAGAGACAACAAAUUGUAAAAUUUUACGCCUUUUCUACUAAAUAAUUAUAAUGUAGAUAUUGGACCUAAUAAUCUAUCUUUUGGUUAUUUAUGAUAUUUCUGAGGUGGUUAAAUAAAAGAAGUUAUAAAAAUGUUC